AUGCUGUUAAAAACAGUGGAUAUAAAUGGAGAGCAGCAUUUAUUAACCUGCUUUGAAGAGGGCGAUGACGGAGACUUAACUUUUUAUAUUCUCAAUUUCCGGAAGAACGUGGGUUACACAGAGACUAUUCCGAAAAAUGCUUUCCAGCUGCGUUUAAAGAUGCUCAAUCCACGGGUCAAGUUCCCAGAGGAUGCAGUGCGUCGUGUUUUGGUUGAAACAGAUCCUUCGCAUGCCGAACUCGUCGAGAGCACACUCUCCCUGAAAUAUACCAUGGCUAAUACGACAGUACCUCUUAAAUGGUACUGGCACUUGGUUUCGCUAAACAGUGCACAGUUCUAUCGCCAGAUAUGCAUCCACUCCAUGGCCACGGCUGGAGUAUUGCAGGAUCAGAUUCUCUCUCUGAUAGAGGUCCUAAGAUCCAAGGACAAUGAGCUGAAACAGUAUCGCAUCGAGGGAUGCAAGCUGCGCAGGGUGACUGCAGUGACAAAGCCCUUCAAUAUCAAGGCUUUUAUGGAAGAGCACCAGAAAUUGCUGAAUGAUGCCCGUGCUUACCAAAAAGUGAAGGACGUAUUUGCAGUGGAAGUUCCCUCGAAUCCGUCGUCUGCUUUUUCUUCACCCAUGCUGGAGGAAGCCAAAGUCAAGACUCCAUCAACUGGCUCCAUGGAAACAUGCAGCUCAAAGUUGAGUCCACGCAAUAGAAAGCGCAAGGCCCUGGAAAGCAAUACCAAUCAUAUGGAGCGCAAGGUAAUGCAGCGCCGAUCUAAACCGCAAAUCGAAUACAAAAACUCGCAGAGUUCGCAGGAGACAAAUGUGGAUGAUUGGCUAACAGAGAACAAGCCAAACGUUAAGAAGGAAACUUUAAAGGAUGGGCCCUCAACAUCAGCCAACAUUAGCGAAGGAAGUUAUGCAAAACUUUCCAAAAUAAAUGCAACCGUGGGAACGGCGCAAAUUAAAUCAGAGCCCGCCCAGGAAAUUGGAUCUAGCAAAAAUGAUUACUCUUCUUCAGACGAAGAUGUGGAGGAACCUAAAGAAUCUUCAGAAAUUGUAGAAAUUAUCCCACAAAAACCGGCAUCAGUUCAGGAAAUAGUUGAUUCUCCAGCACUUUAUGUUGAAGAAACGGAAAACCCAGAUUCCCAGACAGAAAACGGAGUCCCCAAAACCGGACUAAGUGAACUGGACGAGAUUAAAGCCAUACUUAAUCGCGCAACAGCCAUUACCAAAAAAGUAAUUGAGAAGCAUGGAGUUAACAAAUAA